AUGAUAAGACGACAACCGACUGCAAUAAGCUUGACGUCCGAGGACAUCGUGGAGCUAGAAGAAGAGUUGGAGGAAUUUAGGCUGCAACGUGAAAUUAAAGCACAGCAACGAAACCUGCAACGCUCGGCUACCCGGCUAGCUGCAGAGGAUCUCAAACAGACAAUGCCGCUACACGAUUAUGUGGCUCAGAAAAGUCCCCUUCAAAAACUUUCAAGACCAGAUGUUGGAGUUCCUCGCCCCCCUUCAGAGAGUUUGAACGUCGCCAACGAGGGCACAACCGGCACAACGGGCACCAACCACAACCCGUUUUACACAGAGCAUUGA